GCUGCCUGGCAACUCUUGAUCGCAACGUGCAUGGGAUUAUCACACACACGUGUACAGACACACUAUUUUUCUUUUUCCUUCAUUUUCGUCUUUUUUAAGGAGACCCUGUUUGAAGUGAGAAGCAACGGAGCGUUUUGUAUUUCUGCUGUUUUGUUUUUGUCUUUGGGAAGUUUUCUUGUGGUUUUUGUUCCACUAGCGGCUGGUUUCAUGCAUGCGAUGGAUCACACGCUUUUCGGCUGUUUGCGCAGCCCUCACGCCCCUCCGCAGGCCCUGCACCCCGCCUUUGCCCUUCACGGACGCUCCGAGCACCUCUCCUCGUACCCUGACCUCUCCACCUCCUCUCCUUCUUCUACCUGCAUCGUGAGCGGUUACCCAGGUGAGGAUGGGGGACUGUUUGGGGGAUACGGGCAUCAGCGAGGGCUGCCCAUGUCCCAGCAGCAUCAUCAUCAUGUACCCCAACCGCAGCAGACCGGAUGGCACAUACCGCAGACGGCCAGUGUCUCUCCGGCCAGUGCCCGUCUAGGACUGGGGGUCUCGGCCACUGAUUCAGGCUCUUCGGACAUGGGCCCCGGAGGCCCCAGCCUCUGUGCAAGCACACCGAGCCUCGGCGGAGGGGUGCCCUCGGGUGCCUCCUGUGUUCCUGGAGGGGAUUUCGGACAUCAUACGAUGUCUCCAGCCGAGGCGGAGAAAAGGAAUAGCAAACGAAGAAGUGACAGCUCUGAGUCCCAAGAUGGGAAUUACAAAUUGGAUGUGAGCAGCAAGCCAAGGAAGGAGCGGACGGCGUUCACCAAAGAGCAGAUUCGAGAACUCGAGGCAGAAUUCGCCCAUCACAACUAUUUGACCAGACUGAGGCGGUACGAAAUCGCCGUAAACCUGGAUCUCACGGAAAGGCAGGUAAAAGUGUGGUUUCAGAACAGACGGAUGAAGUGGAAGCGAAUUAAAGGAGGCCAACAGGGGGCAGUAGCGAGAGAAAAAGAGCUUGUGAAUGUGAAGAAGGGAAAGCUGCUUCCCUCUGAGUUUUCGGGAAUUCCUGGACUUCACCAUACACCGGACUCGCUUAUCAACAAUGAGGACAGCCACGACAGCGACCAGAGCUCUGAGCACGCUCACUUAUGAUACAAACACAUCCCAUCUGCCUUUCGAUGCUUAUCUGGGGCCAUGUUCCGUUAGGGAUUAUGUUAAGUACGGACUGAAAGUACACAAAGACUGUAUGUGCCAAUGAGGAGGCACUGCCAAACGACGCCUUUCAGGACAGUUCCUGUGAUGCCUCAGAGUAGUGACAGUGCUCACUAAACAUGUAAAAAUGUACAUAGGACUGAUGUUUUGUUGUGCAUUUGGAUGAUACAGAAUAUUUGUGAUACUUUGGCAUCAAUAUUCACAAAGAAAAAGUGCCCUGCUAGUUUGACAGAAAUGUUUACACGUUUGAAAGGUGCUGUAAGUCAUUUUAAAAUCCUGCCUGUCAGCAAAGCCGAACAGCAUCCCAGAUUUGUGUUGCUGUACACAGAGCCUAGGGACUUCUGUCAGGUCGUAUGGAUAUUUUUUGCAUGCUAUUCCAUAAAAUAAUCACUUACAGCACCUAUAAAGAACCCUUCUAGGCUACUGCUCUAUUACUUGAAAGACAGAAUCUAGCAGUCGAAACUGGCCCAACAACAUUCCAUUCUGUUCUUGCAUUGAAAAGUUGUAUGCUUGUCAGUUUCUGUGCCAUAAUUGAUUUCUACUGUAUGUUUUUGUACAAUGUUGAUGUCAUCGGAAUAAUGAUCAAUCAAGCGUGCAGUCAAAAACAUUUGAGAUAAUAUUAUGGCAUGUAAAUAUAAUAUAAAUAUUCCUAUUUUUCAAAAAUCUGACAGCUGUAUC